UCUGGACAUCAAGUGUCAGGUCGGACCGUAAGCGCCACUAUACGUCCUUAUAUUUCAUGUUAACAUUAACGUGGAGAGACGACUUAAUGAAAUGAUUCAAAGGUUCCUGGUUUUGAAUCGAGGACAUAAACAGACUGGUUAAUGAAAGGGGAGAGCAUAGACCUCAUGUUCCUGUGGACGGAAUAAACUCAUAAGAAUGAGUCAUAGAUGGGCUCCAAAUACUUUGGUGAAAGUGGGCAGAGCAUUUCCUUUGUGGCAAACUCAUGCUUGCAAGCCUGCAGCAUUACCACUUCACUUCUCUGGUACCUCUCACUGCAGGAUUCAUGUACAACAACCUCACUGCUACAAGGUUGGCUAUCUCAGCUGGAAGCACAUUCACCACACCAAGAGCAGGAGUCGUAAGGGAUGGAUCUGUAGAGCGUACCAGCAUAGACACAGACUUGGACUUCACACCAGCACCCUGUAUUUGAACACUUCAGCCUCACGUUGGUCUGCUGGUCUAAGCCAACAUAUGUCACGAGUCAGGAACACCCUGGACACAGUUUCUAAAGCCGUGAGUGGGUCACAUACUGAACUUCUUUCCAAAAUUGCUAGACUCAAACCUAAUGCUUUCAAGGCUGCAAAUAAGGUUGAGACGAGUGUUGAAUCAACACCAAAAGCUGAAGAGAUUACACCUACUCCCGUUUCCACUACUGCUGCCUCUCCUUCUGCAUCUACUACACCCAAACCGGUAAUAAACUCAUCCUCUGCCAGUCCCCCUAUUCCACCGCCUGCUGCUACAUUUGAUCCAACUGCCACUACCUCCACAAAUUCUACCCAAGCAACCAUCACUGACACAGUUUUGGCUUUGCAAGAAGUUAAGCAGAAAAGGCUGAGGCGUGUUGCUCCUGCAAUCAAAAUUUGUAGUGUCAGGAAGCCAGAGGAGCUUAAACCAUCAUCAAGUGAUACGGAAAGGAAGAGCACGCCUUCCAAACAAACUGCAGCACUUUUCCAUCCCAGCACAUUUUCAGUCAACCUGGAUGAAACUUACAACUACCUGGCUCAUCACAUUAAUUCAUACUUUAGCAGCAGUACAAAGACUCAGGACAAGAAAGUGGACAAUAUUGACAUUUCGUCUGCAUCCUCUCAGGGUCAACAAACUAGUGACCUCGUGCCGCUGUCUGAUAAACCAAACUCUGCUGCUCCAGUUGCCCCAGCUCCCCUUAAAAAGGGUUUAGGACAUUACCUGUCCUACUCAGCUCCUACUGUGCAGGCCUUUUUAGGGAGCUACAUCACCCCCCUGGUCCCUAAGUUCAGGACAGGAGAGUCCAAGAGUGCUACUGUGGAGGAGAAGAAGCUUGAGGACGAACCGGCAAAACAGGUUGAGGCCACAAUCAGUAAGGAGCAGAAAGCGGCAGAGGAGAAAGCCAAGAAGCUUUUACUCCAAAGGGAAAAGAUCAUUGCCAGAGUUAGUGUGGACAAUCGAACUCGGGCUUUGGUGCAGGCUCUUCACAGGGCAUCAGAUGUAAGGGUCUAUAUCAGCAGGGUUGAAGACCUCAGCUACCACCUCCUGGAGUUUCCAGAGACCCGUGGUGUUGCAGUCAAGGAGAAGGUUAUCUCUUGCCUACUACGCCUGAAACAGGCCAAUGACCCGGGCUUGAGGGCAGCAGUUAGAGAAAGCCUCGCUCUGGUGGGCUACCAAAAACCAGUUAAAGGCCAGGGCAUACGGAUCCUGUCUAUAGAUGGAGGAGGGUUAAGGGGACUUCUUGCCCUCCAGACAUUACGCAAGCUGGAAGCCCUGACCGGCAAACCCAUUUACAAGCUAUUUGAUUAUAUUUGUGGUGUCAGCACAGGUGCUAUCCUAGCAUUCAUGCUGGGCAUAUUCCAAAUCCCACUGAAUGAGUGUGAUGAUCUUUACCGGAAGUUGGGCUCCGAUGUUUUCAAGCAGAACGUGAUUGUUGGCACUGUGAAGAUGGGCUGGAACCAUGCUUUCUAUGACAGUGAAGCAUGGGAGAACAUCCUCAAAGAGAAAAUGGGCUCACACCUCCUCGUGGAGACUGUGAGAAACCCUGAAUGCCCCAAGGUGGCAGCAGUGAGCACCAUUGUGAACAGGGGCACCCCUUUGAAGGCUUAUGUGUUCAGGAACUACAACCUGCUGCCCGGGGUGCGCCCUCACUACCUGGGGGGCUGCCAGCAUCAGCUCUGGCAGGCCAUCCGUGCCAGCUCAGCAGCCCCUGGGUACUUCCAGGAGUUCACCUUAGGGAAUGAUCUCCACCAGGAUGGAGGUCUGCUGAUUAACAACCCCACAGCGCUGGCUAUCCAUGAGUGUAAGUGUUUGUGGCCCAACACACCUCUGGAGUGUGUGGUCUCACUCGGUACGGGCCGCUACGAAACUCCUGGCAAGAACAGCACCUACACGAGCCUCAAAACCAAACUCACCAAUGUCAUCAGCAGUGCUACAGACACUGAGGAGGUUCACGCCAUGCUUGACGCCUUUCUCCCUCCCGACGCUUAUUUCCGCUUCAACCCCCACUUGAGUGAAGACAUCUCCAUGGACGAGAACCGGCACGAGAAGCUCAACCUGCUGCAGACUGAGGGCAUGCGCUACCUCGAGAGGAACGAGGAGAAACUGAAUAAGGUUGCUCGCAUCCUCACCCGAGAGAAAAGCUCCGUCCAGAGGAUGGCAGAGUGGGUCAAGCUCAAGGCUGACAUGUAUAACGGUGUGUCCUUUUACUCCUCCAAACUCUAGAUCCAACACAAACCACCUUUACCUCACAUGGACACUCCUGUUAUUCUAAAUUGUCAAGAAUAUCAUGCUACCAUGAUUAGUGUGUCAAUAGUUGAUUAUUAGACCUGUAGCUCUGAAGAACAUUGUGUAAAUGUACAGGUAGGUAAUGCUUCCAGCAUGCCAAGUACUAUCAUCCUCCUCAUUCAGACUUAACAUUUUGUAGUGAUUUUGGUGUCAAUGUGUUACAGUUUUUGGCAGUGGAAAUGCAUUGUGGUUGGUAGCACUUGAUUCAACACUGUUGCGUUCAAAGAAGAUGUGUCAUGAUGUGCUAACACUGUUAGCUUUCCUAGCAAAUGUAUCUUAUACACCUAAAGGAAUAGAAAGUCUGGAAGCAGGUGGAAGUGUGAAAAAGCAUGUAUAAAUAAAAUGUUGAACUGUUACUUUUAAAAAGCAGAAUACUGUAAAAGUUCGACAGUAGCCAGUAACGGUUUCUCACGACUGUUUUUACCAAGUGAGCACUUUUUAACCAUUUGCUUUCCUUUUUAAAGAUCUGUUAUAGCAAACAAUAGGCUUUAUCUCAUAAACCUGUGUUUAUAUGUUCACAGAAAAAUUAGUAGAUGGGAUCCGUGUCAUUAUCAAAAUGUAGCAUUUGUUAAGCUAAGCUGCCAACAUGUAACACUAUAAAAGAAUGUUAAAAAAAAAAAAAUCUUUCAAUUGUUUUAAAGGUCUAAUCAUGGUUAAUUUGAGCACCUGAUGCAAGUGACAUUGCUUACUGUAGUUGUAAUCACUACAAUUUGCACAUUUAGCAGUGCAGCCACUGAUCAACUACAAAAUACAGAAGUCAAGCCCACUUGCACCGUUACAGUAUUGUAUACGUUGUGUGUAAAUGCAUGAUAUAUUUAAGAUUUCACACAAAGACAAAGUCCAGAUCUAAUGAAAACUACUAAGAAGUUUAAAUUUCAAAGAUUUACUCCAAUAUCUCUAUCUAAUAUACAUAUAAUGAUAAAUUCUAAUGAUUACAUAUGUAAAGCAGAUAUAUAUAUAAACACAAUUUAACUAGUAUCCAAAUGCAAAGUUACAUUUCUUUUUCAUAAGGAUGUAACUUGCAUAUUAUUUUAGCCUCAACGUAUUUUAUUUUCAUUUGUUUCAAAAGCCCUUUUUUAUUAUCAUUGUCCUUGAUUGUUUGGUUUUAUGGACUCCCUAAAGGCUAUGCACAUUUUCUGCUCGGUCUUCAGUGUGACCUCUUUCCCUUUGAUGCCUCUUCUCAAAAAACCUCUUUCCCCCUUUUACCUUAAAGUGCUGUGUUUCACUCCCCGCUCUGCUGUACAAUAAUGUCUGUUGAAAUCAUGCGGGUUUUUAGUUAAAUGACUAGUUUAAAACUGAUUGCUGCUCAUUGAUUUGUCAUGGUUGAAAAUGGUUGUCAUGUGUUUAAGCUAAAAAAUGCUAAAAAAUGCACUCGUUUUCAUGCCUAACCUGGUCAAGUACUGUAUAACUGAUGUAUCAGUCACUCCCAAAGGACCAGAGGUAAGAUGGACACAUAUAUUACCCAGAUUAAUAUAAUUCCACUGUUCUCCUGUUGGUCCUGUGUAAAGACUGUAUGUAAUUAAAGCC